CACCACGCGGACUGUACCACUGCGCCUCAGACGUCUAGGCGGACGGGUCCAUAGUCGCGGUGACUCCUCAGGGAGUGACUGACGCCAUGUGGCCAGGGCCACGUCGGUGAGGGUGGAAAGGCGCUGGCGGCUCCGCGGCUCUGCCCCGUUCUGAUCCCCCCCCCAUUUCCUUUCCGCUUGGACUCUUCCUCGGGUGAGCGCUUCCGCCGACUGCCGCGCACGCGCAGAAGAGCCUCCGGAGCGGCGCGGCGAGGAGCCGGUGGCACCGAGUCUCUCUGGGCUCCUGCGGGGCGGACAUGGGUCGGAAGCGGGUGCCGGGCGGCGGCGGGGGCGGGGCCGGCUUGGGUCGGGCCCUCAUCAAGGAGCGGAACCUGCAGAACCGGAGCCAGCGGCGGCGAGACACGUGGCUGCACACGAAGGAGCUGGACGACGGCGGCCCCUGGGGCCGCUCGGACCCACGCUGCUCCGUGACCGAGCCCACGGCCCUCGAGGAGUUCCUGGCCACGGCCGAGCUGGCGGGCACCGAGUUCGUGGCGGAGAAGCUGAACGUCCACUUCGUGCCCCCCGAGGCCAGGACCGGCCUCUUGUCCCCCGAGGAGAAGCGGCGGCUGCGGGAGCGGCACGAGGAGCUCCGGGGGGCGCUGCGGAUCCCCCGCAGGCCCCCCUGGGACAAGGGCACCAGCGCCGAGCGGCUCCAGGCGGCAGAGCGGGAGAACUUUCUGGAGUGGAGGCGCCAGCUUGGGCGGCUGGAAGAGGAGCAGAACCUCAUCCUGACGCCCUUUGAAAGGAACUUGGACUUUUGGCGGCAGCUGUGGCGGGUCAUCGAGAGAAGUGACAUCGUUGUUCAGAUAGUGGACGCCCGCAACCCCCUGCUGUUCCGAUGUGAGGACCUGGAGCGCUACGUGAAAGAAGUCAGCAGAGACAAGGAAAACGUGAUUUUGGUCAACAAGGCUGACAUGUUGACCGAGGAGCAGCGGGGGGCCUGGGCCCGAUUCUUUGAGCAAGAAAACGUGAAAGUGAUUUUCUGGUCCGCUCUGGCCGAAGGCCUCCGGCUGAGCACGAGACCCCAGGAACAAGAUGCUGAGAGCUCAGAGGAAGCUGAAGAAUGGGAUGAUGGGGAAGGAGGCGUGUCAAGAGGCGAUGCCGGCUCCGAGACCCCUGGUUGUGGUCAGCGACCCCCCGGGGGGGACCGGGACAGUGACGAGUACGACUGGAUGAGUGAAGAAGGGGACAGCGAGUACGAGGACUGUCUAGAUGAAGAUGAGGCCUGGCAGACGUGCUCUGAGGACGAGCCCGACGCCGAGUCUUCCUGCGGCCAGAGCUGUCAGGAGAGCGGCUCCAGGGACCAGGAGCUGGGGGACAGGGGCGCCCGCGUGCAGAAUGACAGCCACCUGGUGGAGAAGCAGGAGCUGCUCGACCUCUUCAGAGAGAUGCAUUCUGGGAAGAAGGUCAAGGAGGGGCAGCUCACCGUGGGGCUGGUCGGUUACCCCAACGUCGGGAAGAGCUCGACAAUCAACACCAUCUUUGGGGACAAGAAGGUGUCGGUGUCAGCCACGCCUGGGCACACCAAACACUUCCAGACGCUCUACGUGGAGCCCGGCCUGUGUCUGUGCGACUGCCCCGGCCUGGUGAUGCCGUCCUUCGUCUCCACCAAGGCCGACAUGGUCUGUUGCGGGAUCCUGCCGAUCGACCAAUUGAGAGACCACGUGCCCCCCAUCUCGCUCAUUUGUCAGAACAUCCCGAGACACGUCCUAGAAGCUACCUAUGGGAUUCACAUCAUCCGGCCCCGGGAAGAUGAAGACCCCGAUCGGCAGCCCACCUCGGAAGAGCUGCUGACAGCUUACGGAAGCAUGAGAGGGUUUAUGACUGCCCAUGGACAACCUGACCAGCCCCGGGCUGCCCGGUACAUCCUGAAGGACUAUGUCAGGGGUAAGCUGCUGUAUUGUCACCCUCCUCCUGGCAUCGAGCCCGGGGACUUCCAACCGCAGCACGAGAAACUGAGGCACAGCGGAGGGAAGUGGGAGGCACAGCCACCCGAGCACAGCCGCCACCCAGCCAAGCAGAUCGAGAAUGUGGUCGACCGAGCAUUCUUCCACCAAGAGAACGUGAGGGCGCUGACCAGGGGCGUGCAGACCGUGAUAGGCCACAGGCCUGGCAGCACCCUGGGGUCACCUGCCAGCGCCAGCUCCACCGGGGUCCCCGGGAAGCCCUGGAAGAAACACGGCAACCGUAACAAAAAGGAGAAGAUCCGCAGGGUCACCAGGCACCUGGAGGCAUGACCUGGAGCCUGACCCGGCGGGCGCCUUCAAAUGUCCUCGUUGUCAUUAUGCCGCCUGAAGGAACGUUCCCCCUCCUGGCCUGCAGUGAGGCAGGGCUGCUGCCUCUGGGAGCCACGUGCCCCACCCAGCCUCACAGUGACCGAAGGGAUCGAUGGACAGACUCACAGGUGGGCAUGUGAAUGAACAAACAACUGACGGGGUGGGUGUGUCCCCACGCGCACACAUACACACACACACACAUGCGCUCUCUCUCUCUCCCCCUUUAUGAGCCAGAGGAAUAUUGUUCCCAGGGCCCUGGCCACGCUCCCACACUCUGAGCAUGCCAGUGCUCCCUGUACGAGGAAUCCCUCUGCUACCUCAGCGCGGCCUGAGCCCUGCUGGAGGAUGGUCCCUGGUCGAGAGGCCUUGCUUUGGGCAUCCUCAGAGAUCUCAGGGCCAAUGCAGGCCUUCUGUCUGGCGCUGUCCUCCCCGCCAUGGCCUCCUCCAUGAGAGCCUACCCUUCUCUCAGAGUGACUCAGCGGGGGCUGGGCUCCAGAAGGGCACGACACAUGAGCAUGCAGGAAGGAACGGGUCACCGGGCACCGAUUAUUGUACAGCUUCCUGAGCUGGGUUUCUUCAUCCGUAAAGCAGGUCUGCAGCCACACUGCCCCUUCUCGGUUUCCUUUGGGGGUAGCGUCCAUCUCCUCCCCAAGCAGGAGGGUCAUCCGGGAAUGGCCCCCCCAGCCCCAGCUCCUACCUGGGGCAGAAAGCAUGUGCCAUUCUCCUCUCCCCCAGGACUGGUGUGCCAGGCAUGCCUCCCUCACUGCCUGGGGGCCUCUGGGCAUCUUGAACCCGCCUGCCUCGUCCCGAGUGUCCAGGGCCCCAGCCUCCUGCAGCACUGGGCUUUUGGUCCACUCCUUCCUCUCUUCCUCAUCCAUGCCGUUGCCAGAAUAAUCCUCAGUCACAGGAGAUGUUGUUUCCCGUUUCCUGCCUUGGCAUAGGCUGCUCGGGCCUCCCCUCGAGGCUCAGGUGUGGAGCUGCCUCCCAUACAGGCCUCCUCUGACCCAGUGGUGAGCCCACACUCUUCUUGGGCCCGUGGUCCCCCAGUGGACUGCCUUGUCUUUCCCUCCCCGGGUGCCUUGUCCCAUGGUGGGCCUGGUUUCAGACAUCCUUAAUAAAGGGCAUGCUGUCAGUCGGAUAUAGAGAUUUAUCUUACCCUUGUAGGGACCAAUUUUUAAUUGGGGAGUGUUAGCUAAGCGGCUCGCCGCAAUAUUGGGGCAAGGAAGGAGACCGGCAGCCUCCCU